AUGGCAAAUAGGGUGUUUAGCACAUGUGCUUUACUAGUGUUGACAAUAGUUUGUUCGGUUCGUCCUGGUGAAGGAUUAAAGUGCGUUUGCAACAGUAGUGAGUGUGAAGUGAUUAAGCCGAAGCAAUGUCCUGGCCGCGGACUUAUUGUUUUGGAUCCUUGCGAGUGUUGUUGGGUUUGCGCGAGGACUUUGGGUGAGCCCUGUGGGGGUCCUGGUGGUUUUUCGGGCCGAUGUGAGCCCCCAUAUCAUUGUUUAGAGAGCCCCACAAGGAACGUUGGAGUUUGUCAACGGUUACCUAGUGAGGUUCGCAAUUCGAACAAAAAUUGCUCUCAUAUGCAAUUGAUCCAAGGCGGCUGUGGAAUUGUUGAAAGAAAGUGUGUGUGUGAAUUUAGACCUUCUCUAUUGUGUACAGAUGACCCUACGAGAUGGUACUACAGGGACAACAAGGAGUGCCAGUAUAAUCUACAGGCAAUAAUUCAACAGGAGCUGGAAGCAGAAAAUCAGGAGACUAUAUCAGAUGCAACAACGAUUGCAGAAUCAGCGGAGGAAAUGCAAGGGGACGAUCCAUGUGCCGGCGGUGUGUGUCCCUCUAAUGAGUCCAUGCACACGUGCCCGCCUGACAGUUACCAGGUACUCUUUUAAUUAAUUCUACAUGAAAU